AUGGAUAAGUUUCUGGUACUAACCAUUCUAGUCUUUCUCUUCCUAGCAACAGCAGUCUCUGCUCAAGAUUGCGGGAGACAAGGCGGUAACAGACCAUGCACCAACGGGAACUGUUGUAGCCAAUAUGGUUUCUGUGGAAACACUCCCGCUCACUGCUCACCGGAAAAUAACUGUCAAAGUCAGUGUACAGGUGGAGUAUCGAAACGACCCAAGAUGCAGUGCAAAUGGAUUUUACACAUACAAUGCUUNGGUGGUGGCGGCGGCGGUGGUGUUGCUUCCAUCGUUACUGCAUCUGCGUUUGACCAAAUGCUCAAGUAUCGAAACGACCCAAGAUGCAGUGCAAAUGGAUUUUACACAUACAAUGCUUUUAUAGAUGCUGCAAAAGCAUAUAGCGGAUUUGGAACCACAGGAAGUGCUGAUGAUCGAAAAAGAGAACUCGCGGCUUUCUUUGCUCAAACUUCCCAUGAAACAACAGGUGGUUGGGCAAGUGCACCAGAUGGUCCAUACGCAUGGGGAUAUUGUUUUGUUAGAGAACGAGACCAAUCAAACAGCUACUGUGACUCCAAUGCUUGGCCAUGUCCUCAAAAAUACUUUGGCAGAGGACCUAUCCAGCUAUCUCACAACUACAACUAUGGGGAGUUUGGGAAGUCAAUUGGGAGGGACUUGAUCAACAACCCCGAUCUUUUAGCCACGGACCCAACCUUAUCGUUUCGUUCAGCCAUAUGGUACUGGAUGACUCCACAAGGUAACAAGCCAUCUAGCCAUGAUGUGAUCACGGGAAGGUGGACGCCUUCGGCUGCCGACAGUUCCGCAGGUCGUGUCCCGGGUCUUGGAGUGAUCACGAACAUCAUCAAUGGGGGGUUGGAAUGUGGGCAUGGUCAAGACAACCGGGUGGCGGAUAGGAUUGGUUUCCACACAAGGUAUUGCCAAAUUUUGGGAGUUAGUCCUGGGAAUAAUCUUGACUGCUACAAUCAAAGGCCUUUUGCAUAGCAAAUGAGAGUCUUGAUAUUAGUCAUCUAAUGGGUAUUUGAAUAAAACGGAUUUCGGUUUUAAAAUAUCAAUAUGAGCCCUCAAACCUAUCCGAAACGAAGGUAUGUUCUUGUUAUUGAAAUUGUUAUAUCAAAAU